UCGCGAGACGAUUAUAUCAGCAGAUCGUGCUAUUGUAUAGCACUUGUACAGUUUGUCACAGCAAACUAUCAAGACGUUCGGCUUACCAUCCAACGUUAUCCCAAAGUUAUCGUCAAAAGGAGUUCAAGACACUUGAGCUGAAUCCUACGACGCUGUAUAAAAUGAGGCAAUACCUCUUUGAAAAUGACAUAAUUUCGGUCGAACUGUUUCUUUUGCUUUUGAAUGGCAGGUAUAUGACUUUUUCUUAUUCUUGUGUCUAUGUCUAUGUCUUCCCUCUGUUCUUUUUAUGUUCAAUAUUGGCGUUUUGCAAGGUCAAAUCACGGAACUUGGCAGUCGAAGGGUCUGGCUGGGUUACAAUUGGUUCGUGGGUUAUUUGCGUGAGUUGCAUAAUUGCAUAUGAUAUCUGUUCGCUGAUUUUAUAUCCUCGUUCGAUACAUGGCUCUUGACUUUGGCUGUGUCCUUUGGAGCUUGACUCAUCUCCUUGGGAAGCCAUUGAGCU